AAUAAAUAAAUAAAAUCAGGAGCUUUUACUUGUGUGGAGUGUUGACUUGUUCGUUGACCACCGGCAGAAAUUAGAGGCGAAAAUGGCGAAAAGCAGAACAGUCACCGUCUCCGCCCUGCAAUUCGCCUGCUCCGACGACGUCUCAACCAAUGUCGAGACGGCGGAAAGGUUGGUUAGAGCAGCUCAUCAGAAGGGCGCAAAUAUCAUUCUUAUUCAGGAAUUAUUUGAGGGUUAUUACUUUUGUCAAGCACAAAGGGAAGAUUUCUUUCAGCGAGCUAAACCUCGUAAGGAGCACCCCACAAUUCUAAGGAUGCAAAAUCUGGCAAAAGAGUUGGGAGUGGUGAUACCAGUUAGCUUUUUCGAGGAGGCAAACAAUGCGCAUUAUAAUUCAAUUGUCGUAAUUGAUGCUGAUGGAACUGAUCUUGGACUUUACAGGAAAUCCCACAUCCCAGACGGGCCUGGCUACCAGGAGAAGUUUUAUUUCAAUCCAGGCGAUACUGGUUUUAAGGUCUUCCAAACUAAAUUCGCCAAAAUUGGAGUAGCUAUUUGCUGGGAUCAGUGGUUUCCUGAGGCAGCUCGAGCGAUGGUACUUCAAGGUGCGGAAAUAUUAUUCUACCCCACUGCUAUUGGUUCUGAACCUCAAGAUCAGGGCCUAGAUUCUCGUGAUCACUGGAAAAGGGUGAUGCAAGGCCACGCCGGAGCUAAUUUGGUACCUUUAGUAGCUUCGAACCGAAUUGGUAAGGAGAUAAUAGAGACAGAACAUGGCAAAAGCGAGAUCACAUUCUACGGGAAUUCGUUUAUAGCAGGACCCACGGGAGAAUUGGUCGCUGAUGCUAAUGAUAAAGAUGAAACGAUUCUUAUUGGUCAAUUUGAUCUGGACAACAUCAAAUCCAAGAGAAGCAGCUGGGGUUUGUUCCGUGAUCGACGCCCAGAUUUAUACAAGGUGCUUUUGACGUUAGACGGCAGCAACAUUUCUUCUUGAUAUCACCACACAUGCAGGCCUUAAGAAGGAUAAUUUAUUUACUUGUUUGAAUAAUAAAUUACAUGGUUCAUUUGUCGGAAUCGAAGGUAAAAAAAUGUCCCCAAGACUCAUCCGAUGAGUCUGUGAGCAAUGCUAACUGAAUCAUGUAAAACCCUUCCGUUCGUUGUAUUUUUUUUCUACCUUUUGUAAGAAUGUGCAAGAUUCCAUCUUUUCGCAGUUAUCGUAACUUUUGGGAUAUGUUUCUUGGAAUUAGUAUUUUUCAGACGUAA